AUGGACACAGACACAGGCAUGCACCAAAUCCAGCACAACAACAACCACAAACAGUUCAAAACCCUGCACAACAACCAACAGUUCAAAACCCUGCACAACAACAACCACAAACAGAGCAAGGACAUAAAAGAAGUAGAGAACAAGGAAACCAAGAUUUCUUAA